AUGACGAUGGCUGCUUUCUCCAGUUUAGACCAACAGAAUGACACCCAUUCACAUAUGAGGAACUGCUUUGUCCCGGAAGGCAUUGACUGGCUCUAUACCUACCAGCCAGCCUACAUGUGGUUUAUCUUUGCCGUGGGCUUCGUGGAAAAUGUAUUUGUCAUCUCAGUCUUCCUGCUUCAUAAAAGCCCCUGCACUGUGGCGGAGAUCUACCUGGGCAACAUGGCCGCUGCAGAUCUCAUCUUCGUCAGUGGCCUUCCGUUCUGGGCCAUUUACAUCUCCAACAAGUUCAACUGGCCGUUCGGCAGCUUCCUCUGCGUGACCGUGAAUUCUCUAAUCCAGCUGAACCUCUACGGCAGCAUCUACUUUCUGAUGAUGGUCAGCAUUGAUCGAUAUCUGGCCCUGGUGAAGACCAUGUCUUUCGGCCGGAUGAGAAGAACCAGUUGUGCCAAGAUUAACUGCGCCAUCAUCUGGAUCUUUGCGGUAGUGGCCAGUUUGCCCAAAGUCAUAUUCCGCAAGGUAUUGUUUCUUCCUGAGUUUAACACCACCUCUUGCCUCAUAUUUCCCCCAGACGAAAGGUGGAACAUCGCCUCAAAUAUCCUCAUGAACCUUUUUGGCUGCUUCAUCCCGGCGGUUGUCAUUGGGUUCUGCACCUUCCACAUUAUAAAAGUCCUGAGGAACAACACCAUGCAGCAAUUCAAAGAAGUCAACAAUGAGAAGAAGGCCACACGGUUGGUCUUCUCUGUACUCUUGGUCUUUGUGGUAUGCUGGCUUCCGUUCCACGUCAUUACCUUCGUUGAUACGUUUGACCUGUUUAGAGUCUUCCAUUCGUGUGACUGGGCCCAGGUCCUCGAGGUCGGAAACCAAAUAUCGACCUACUUCGGCUUCAGCAACAGCUGCCUCAACCCACUCCUCUACGUAAUCGUCGGCAAUCAUUUCCGCAAGAAAGCCAGAGAGGUCUUCAGGCAAAUUCUGGCUAAAUUCAGACCGCCGAGAAGAGCGUCCCUGCCGAUGAACUACUCUGGAAUCACCGUACGGACUUCCAUCUCCGUGGGACAACAGAAUCUUAUUUUAAAGCAGUAAAACCCAAUGGUGGUCUAAAAUGAAUUGACUCACAGCCUGCUAUGGA